ACGUCACGCGGCGGGGGCGGGGCCGCCGAGCUUGGCCGGCUCCAGUGGCUGCGCCUCGGCGGUGUUGGGAAGAUGGCGCCGCCGGCGACGGAGCGGGGGCUGAAGAGCGUCGUGUGGCAGAAGAUAAAAGCAACAGUGUUUGAUGACUGCAAGAAAGAAGGCGAAUGGAAGAUAAUGCUUUUAGAUGAAUUUACCACUAAGCUUUUGGCAUCAUGUUGCAAAAUGACAGAUCUUCUAGCAGAGGGUAUAACUGUUGUGGAGAAUAUUUAUAAGAAUCGAGAACCUGUCAGACAGAUGAAAGCUCUUUAUUUUAUCUCUCCAACAUCAAAGUCUGUAGACUGUUUUUUACGCGAUUUUGCAAGUAAGUCCGAGAACAAAUACAAAGCAGCGUAUAUAUACUUCACUGACUUUUGCCCUGAUAGUCUCUUUAACAAAAUUAAGGCUUCUUGCUCCAAAUCAAUAAGAAGAUGUAAAGAAAUAAAUAUUUCCUUCAUUCCACUUGAAUCUCAGGUUUAUACUCUUGAUGUACCAGAUGCAUUCUAUUACUGUUACAGUCCAGACCCUAGUAAUGCAAAUGGAAAAGAUGCCAUUAUGGAAGCAAUGGCUGAGCAGAUAGUAACAGUGUGUGCUACCCUGGACGAAAAUCCUGGAGUAAGAUAUAAAAGUAAACCUCUAGAUAAUGCCAGUAAGCUUGCCCAGCUUGUUGAAAAAAAACUUGAAAACUACUACAAAAUUGAUGAAAAGAGCCAAAUAAAGGGUAAAACUCAUUCCCAGCUCAUAAUAAUUGAUCGUGGCUUUGAUCCUGUGUCCACUGUCCUGCAUGAACUGACCUUUCAGGCAAUGGCAUAUGAUCUACUGCCAAUUGAGAAUGAUACAUACAAAUACAAAACAGAUGGGAAAGAGAAGGAGGCAAUCCUUGAAGAAGAUGAUGACCUCUGGGUCAGAAUUCGACAUCGGCAUAUUGCAGUUGUAUUAGAGGAAAUUCCCAAACUAAUGAAGGAAAUUUCAUCAACAAAGAAGGCAACAGAAGGAAAGACAUCACUUAGUGCACUUGCCCAGCUCAUGAAAAAGAUGCCCCAUUUUCGUAAACAGAUUACUAAGCAAGUUGUUCAUCUUAACUUAGCAGAAGAUUGCAUGAGUAAAUUCAAGCCUAAUAUAGAAAAACUCUGUAAAAGUGAACAGGACCUGGCACUUGGAACUGAUGCAGAAGGACAGAAAGUGAAAGAUUCUAUGAGAGUACUCCUUCCAGUUCUGCUCAACAAAAGUCAUGAUAAUUAUGAUAAAAUAAGAGCAAUUCUACUUUACAUCUUCAGUAUUAAUGGAACUACGGAAGAAAAUUUGGACAGGUUGAUCCAGAACGUAAAGAUAGAAAAUGAGAGUGACAUGAUCCGUAACUGGAGUUACCUUGGUGUUCCCAUUGUCCCCCCAUCUCAACAAAGUAAACCAUUAAGAAAGGAUAGGUCUACAGAAGAAACUUUUCAACUCUCUCGAUGGACACCUUUUAUCAAAGAUAUUUUGGAGGAUGCCAUUGAUAAUAGAUUAGAUUCAAAAGAAUGGCCAUAUUGUUCCCAGUGUCCAGCAGUAUGGAAUGGCUCAGGAGCUGUAAGUGCUCGCCAGAAACCUAGAACUAAUUAUUUAGAGGACCGAAAAAAUGGGUCAAAGCUGAUUAUUUUUGUAAUUGGAGGAAUUACAUACUCUGAAAUGCGUUGUGCUUAUGAAGUUUCUCAGGCCCAUAAAUCCUGUGAGGUUAUUAUUGGUUCUACACAUGUUUUGACACCCAGGAAACUUUUGGAUGAUAUAAAGAUGCUGAAUAAACCCAAGGAUAAAGUCUCCUUUACUAAGGAUGAAUAAUGAUUUUCAUUUCUUUUGGAGAUUCUUACUAACAUGUUCAACUAAAAUCAAGACAAAGUUGUUAUGUCAUUUAAACAAUGUAAAUAUUUUAUGGAAUAAUGAUUUUUCAAAUAUAUUUCAUAAGGGACUUUAUGAUUACAUAUCAUAAAUUUGCCAUUUUUAAUAAUUUAAAUAGUGUUGCUGCUUUGUAGAUGAUGAGAAGAAAUGUUAAAAUGCUUUCUUUUUUUUUUUUUGUUAAAAUGCUUUCUAAGAGGAAAUUUUUCACUUUUGCAACUGAAUAUAUUAGAAUUAUGGGUAAUUUUUCACAACUACCUAUGUACAUACUAAUUACUUAUCAGAUUACCUAUCAAAUAUAGUUUUUUGGGAAAGAAUGAUUUUAAAUGAGAAGGUUAUAAAAGUAAAACUGUAUGAUAGAAUGAUUUUCUAUAAAUAGUUUUUUUCAUUUGAAAUUCAUUUAUGUGUAAAUUAAUUCUGUCAUUAAUAGAAUAAUUUCACAGUGUAUACUGUCUACCCAAAUACUUCUAAAGAACACAAUUUUAUAUAAUUUCAAAAUCAUAUAUGUUUAAAGUAGAAGACCAAAAAUAAGUCUGAUAUUCUAAGAGAAAGUAAAUGUAUAGUUACAAAAAUUUAUCUUUUGGGGGGCAAGGGAAGAAGGAGAGGUUGGGAAGUUUAAAAGUUCUAAAUCAGAAAGUUACAAAAAAGAAAAUGCGCCAUAAUCUUCCCACCAUGAUAGAUCCUGUUGACUUUUUAUAAAAAUAAUGUCAUAUUUGUAUAAGGUUGGAUAAUAUAAAGAUACGUAUACACAUGUGUUAAGCAAA